CAGCAACAUCAUCAUCAUCACGCUCCGCAACAACAACAACGACAGCAACAAAGACAGCAACAAUAUCAACAACAACAUCGCGUUACCCUGGUAACCACCGAGCGCAUUUAUGACGUCACCAUCAUCGACUGCACUAAUGUCAUCAAAUUUCCCGCCACAUCACUGCAGGAGUGGAACGAAUUUAAAAACGCGCCCACGCUCUCAAUGACCAUACGAAAUGCUUCGGCUUACUUAUUAAUCUAUGACGUCACCGACGAGGACAGCUUCCGGUUCGUCCGAGGGAUGCACGAACAAAUAUGUCGGCAUUCCGGAAGUAGGGAUGUGCCGAUAUUUGUCGUCGGCAACAAAAUCGAUCUACUA